AUGGAGAGUGUAACCCGUGCCUCGAUGAAGGUUUGUCCCUUUGUCAAGUCGUCGUCGACCCAAGCUUUACGCCAGUUGAGCAAGAACUCAGGUUUGGUUAGUCAAGCUCGUCAAUGCCCUUUCAUGCGCAUGGCAUUGAAGGCUAAGGGGCUGAGCAGAACAUUUACUACUGUAUCAGACUCAGCAAGAGCUACUGCUGUACCUGCUGUGUCUGAUAGCGUAAGCAGUCGCUACUCGUUCAAGGAGAGUGAUCUCAAUGGCAGUAGCUUGGAUGUUUCUUGCAAUGAGAAUGGAUUUGACUUCCAAGGAUUUUUAAGCUCUGAAUUAAAUAAAAAAAGGAAUGACAAGUCUUACCGUUUUUUCAAUAACAUCAAUCGUUUAGCUCGUGAAUUUCCAAGGGCUCAUCGUGCUGAAGAAACCGACAAAGUGACGGUUUGGUGUUCCAAUGAUUAUCUCGGUAUGGGCAGAAACGAGAAGACAUUAGUGGAAAUGAGAAGAGUAUUGGAAAACUACGGUGCUGGAGCCGGUGGAACCAGAAAUAUAGCCGGGCAUAAUCUACAUGCCAUUAAAUUAGAAGCAGAGAUAGCAGCAUUGCAUAAACAUGAAGGUGCAUUAGUAUUUUCCUCUUGUUUUGUUGCCAAUGACGCUGUUUUGUCAUUGUUCGGACAAAAGAUGAAGGAUUUGGUUAUCUUUUCUGAUGAAUUGAAUCAUGCUUCGAUGAUUCAAGGCAUUAGAAAUUCAAGAGCCAGGAAACACAUCUUCAAACACAAUGACUUGGCGAGCUUAGAGGAAAAAUUAGCCCUUUAUCCAAAAUCCACUCCCAAAAUCAUUGCUUUUGAGUCUGUUUAUUCUAUGUGUGGUUCAAUUGCGCCUAUUCUGGCUAUUUGUGAUUUGGCCGAAAAAUACGGUGCCUUGACAUUUUUAGAUGAAGUCCACGCUGUGGGUAUGUAUGGUCCACAUGGUGGUGGUGUAUCUGAGCACUUAGACUUUGAAGAACAUUUGAAAUCUGGCUUGGCUUCCCCAGAGAAUAAGACUGCAAUGAGCAGAAUUGAUAUGAUCACUGGAACUUUAGGUAAAGCAUAUGGAACAGUUGGAGGUUACGUCACAGGUAAAGCUAACUUGAUUGAUUGGAUUAGGUCAUAUGCUCCAGGCUUUAUUUUUACUACGACGUUACCGCCUACCGUUAUGGCUGGUUCUGCUGCUGCUAUCAGAUAUCAGAGAGCUACUUUGAUGGAUCGUAUUGCUCAACAGAAAAAUACCAGAUACGUUAAGGAUAGUUUCAAUGAUGUUGGAAUUCCAGUGAUUCCAAACCCAUCUCAUAUUGUGCCUGUGCUUGUCGGAAAUGCAGCGGACGCGAAGACUGCUUCUGAUAUGUUGUUGGAGGAUCAUGACAUUUACGUUCAAGCUAUUAACUUUCCAACUGUGCCUAUUGGUCAAGAACGUCUCAGAAUCACACCAACUCCUGGACAUAGUCCGGAAAUUGCAAAUCACUUGAUUGAAGCAGUUGAUUCCGUGUUCAAGAAGUUGAACUUGUCAAGAAUUAGUGACUGGGAAAGAAAAGGUGGUUCUUGUGGCGUUGGUGAUGCUAACUCUGGUUCCAACAAACACAUUUGGACUGAUAGUCAAUUAUCUUUGUCGGAUAAGGCUUUAAAUCCAAACGUUUUCGACCCUGUUAUCUCACCUAUUGCCGUUUCCUCUGGUGUGGUUGCAGUUUAG